CACUAGUCAGCUGUUUUAGUAACAAAAUGGUGGUCAGGUUACGCGACUUAUGUUGGUAGUAAACACAAGUAUAAAACAAUAUUAAUACUUUUUACAAAAAUCAUCGUGUGUGAAACUUAAUUAGUAAUUUUAUUGAGCCAUGGCCGAAAAAGACAAGCCCCAGCCAACUCAACCGAAAAACAUCCCAAAAGAUGGACAAGUGGUGAUGUCAAUAAUGAAAGAAAUGGGAAUUACCGAAUACGAGCCCAAGACAAUAGUCCAAUUGACUGAAUUUGUCUACCGAUACGCAACCUCAAUCCUGGAGGAGGCUCGAAUGUAUGCAAACAACAACGACCCUAAGAAGAAAUUUCUGGACGUUGAUGACGUUAAACUAGCCCUACAAUUGACCACAGAAUCGACUUUCACGACGCCGCCCCCACGUGAGGUGGUGCUCGAAUGCGCAAAUAUAAAAAACUACACGCCUUUGCCUCUCGUGAAGCCACAUUGUGGUUUACGGUUGCCCCCGGACCGGUACUGUCUCUCCUCAUGUAACUACGCUCUGAAGAGUUGCAACCAGAAGAAACCCAAACCUAAUUACAACAGCCCUGGGCCAGGGGGACCUGUGAAAGUUGCGACUAAACUUAAUGUCAGUUAUGUGAAACGGGCCCCAAUUGGGGUAACAAAACAGUCGAUUACUAUCCCUAAAGCUGUGACGAAAGUUGCGACCAAUAUGCCAGUCCAGCAGAAGACGACGCUAAAGCCGAAAAUACAAAUUCAGUCACAUAAUGUGCAACUAGCGUCUAGUAACGUCACUAAUGGAACCCCCAUGGAGAUUGAGAGUUCGUUGAAGAGGAAGAGGGAGGAUGACGGAGAAACGUAACUGGUUUUAGUUUACGAAAUACUUUAUUUUAUUAAACAAAUAAAUUACAAAAUCAA